AUGGUAUCAGAGUCGAACAUUGAUCAGUAUGAGAAUCAUCUUACAAUCAUAAAACAAAGAGAAGAGGUUCUUUAUAUUAUUGAAUUGAUCAUGAGGCUUUCUCUUGCUUUGUUUCCUCUUCUAUUUGCUUUAUUGUUAACUGUCACCAUAGAGGCAAGGAAAGAUACAGGAGAAUACUGGAAAAUGAUAAUGAAAGAUCAACAAAUGCCAGAAGGACUUCAAGGUCUUCUUUCAUUCCAAUUAGAAAAUAAUCCUAUGACUCAAGAGCAACUUGCUAAAGAUUCCAACCAUGAUUGUGAAGAUCCUAUUGCUACAAAUGCACAAGUUACUUUAGAGAAAAAGGUGUUCACGAAAGAUUUAGACACUAAGGUUACUAAAAUAAAUGACAAGUCACAUGUUAACACUGAUUUUGAAUCAAAACCAAGUGUUAGUAAGUAUGGUGAUUUUGAACCUAGACCAAGUGUUACUAAAUACGAUGAUUUUGAACCUAGACCAAGUAUUACCAAGUAUGAUGAUUUUGAACCCAGACCAAGUAUUACCAAGUAUGGUGAUUUUGAACCAAGACCAAGUGUUACCAAGUAUGGUGAUUUUGAACCAAGACCAAGUGUUACCAAGUAUGGUGAUUUUGAACCAAGACCAAGUCUUACCAAGUAUGGUGAUUUUGAACCAAGACCAAGUGUUACCAAGUAUGGUGAUUUUGAACCAAGACCAAGUGUUACCAAGUAUGGUGAUUUUGAACCAAGACCAAGUGCUACCAAGUAUGGUGAUUUUGAACCAAGACCAAGUGCUACCAAGUAUAAUAAUUAA